CUCCUCCAGGGCUUCGCGUGCGUUUUCUUCUCUGCGACUCUGCUCUAUGCGUUUCUUCUCGCCUCCCACAGACCACAGUCCAUCCCACUCCCUCGCCACAGCCACUCGCCAGUCCACCACGGCGCUACCGGUCCACCGCCUCCCACUGCAUCGCUACCGCCUGUCCGCCUCUGCCUGACUGCAUCGGCCCUCGACAGUCGCCUCGAGUCCUCGACACCAGCCACCGCCCACCAGCCAAACACGCCUGUUAUAUUUCCUCUUCCGCCUUCAGUUCACACUUCACAGGAAUCACAAAUUCACAGGGAAUGAUAGCUUCGUUUCUUCCCCCCUCUUCAACCUUCACUCCGAUGGCGUCACCAGCAGAACUGCAAAAAUGACGCAGCGCCAGAAACGACAUCGCAGUCCGUGAGCCAUUCCGGAGUGUCGAAGCCGGAAACGACGUCGCAGACUGUCACCGGCGUUGCAGCCAGAAACGACGUCACAAUCCGCAGUCCGUCCAGUCCGCCGGUGUCGAGCAUCUCAGUCGCAGACUCGCAGUCCGUUCACACUCCACAGCCAGAUUGAAAGGAGAAGACUGAAGAGAAAUGCAUUUUCCUUUCGUUUUUGAUGGGAAAUAGGGAGUUUUGGUCGGUUUUGUGAUUUGAAUUAGGAAGGACUGAAAUCGGAAAGAAGACGAUAAGUGCAUGAAAUUUGGCAACAAUGAUAGUCCUAGGCCAAUACUGUCAGUGGGUUUAAAGUGGUAUGACAAGUAUUGGUAAUUUUCGCUUUCUGAACUAUACCGUGAGACCGUCCUCGGGUUGAUUGAUUUCAUCUUCUUCGUCAAGACAAAUGGAUGCACAAGAGUGGAAAGAUGCUUUCGGCUUUAUUUGCAGUGUGGAAUUCUGGAGGAUGGGCGUGUUAUGGACACUCUCACUCAUCUACUCCUACUUGCAAUUGUUUCGGCAAACCCUUUUCUCCAUCAAAUCCAAAACCUAUUCUCCUCGCUGCUCUCCCUCAUCCAUAGCCACAAAAAGGCCAAUCUGCAUAGUCACUGGCGCCACAUCUGGUUUGGGUGCAGCAGCUGCGUGUGCUCUUUCAAGAGAGGGAUAUUAUGUUGUUCUUGUUGGAAGAUCAGUGGACCUGUUAUCAAAGAUUGCAUCUGAUAUUAAAGAACAAAGUGGAGAUGCUUGUGUUAAAGCUUUCCAGGUUGAUUUAUCAUCUUUCAAGUCAAUCUGGAACUUUAAGAGGGAAUUUCAGCAUUGGCUAUCAGAUAUGAAUAUGCAUUGUUCAGUUCAACUUCUAAUAAAUAAUGCUGGAAUCCUGGCAACGAGGAGGAGGGUAACUACAGAAGGAUGUGAUAAGAUUAUGGCAACUAAUUAUGUUGGUGCCUUUUGUUUAACUAAAAUUCUUCUGCCGCUACUCCAGAACAGUCCUAUUCCUUCUCGUGUUGUUAAUGUCACAUCAUUCACACAUCGGAAUGUAUCUAGCAUGAAGAUCAACAAAGAAACCAUUUCUGGGAAGUGUUUUUCUGGAUCAAGAAUUUAUCCUUUUGCUCAUGUAUAUGAGUAUUCUAAAUUGUGCCUACUUCUUUUCUCUUAUGAGCUUCAUCGGCAAGUUAAACUAGUGGAGCAAUCCAGUCAAGUCUCUGUGAUUGCUGUGGAUCCUGGAGCAGUGAAAACAAAUAUUAUGCGAGAACUUCCUAAAUGCAUCUCUCAGCUGGCUUUUUUCACUUUGAGGCUUUUGGGGCUUCUGCAGUCAUCUGAAGAAGGGGUCUGUUCCAUUCUUGAUGCUGCAUUUGCACCUCCAGAAAUAUCAGGGGUUUAUUUCUUUGGAGGAAAUGGUAGAACACUCAAAUCUUCUCCCCUUUCUUACAAUUCAAAACUUGCCAAGGACCUCUGGGAAGCUUCCUCUGACCUUUUCAUAGAACUGCAACUGGCCUCUGGACAUACAACUUGAACCAAGAUACACAUCAUGUUGAGAAAUCGGGGGGAGUAUCGACAUCUUGACCCCCAUCUCUACAAUAACUCACCUUGAUAGUUAGGGAGGGCCAUAGAUAUUCUGUGUAUACCCUUGGACAGCAUAUUUUAUCUGAUGAAUUUUAAGUUUUAUGAACCCUAGAUGAUCAUAGUUCUCAAACACUCAAACUUGGUACUCUGGAAAAUAUAAUAGACUGAUAAAAUUCUAUGUGCCAUAGCAAAGUGUCUCCUUGAAAA